AUGUCCUCGUCUUCCACCGCCUUGACCACAGACAGCCCAUACACCAUGCCAAGAGUCUGGUUCAUCACAGGCGCAUCAUCAGGAUUCGGCUAUCUAGUCACCCAACAAGCCCUCAAAGCAGGCGAUAACGUCGUCGCCACCCUCCGCAACCCAUCUGCCCUCACCGCCCUCACCGCCCUCUACCCCCCCUCCCAGCUCCUCGCCCUCCCCCUCGACGUCACCGACCCCUCCUCCAUCACCGCCGCCUUCCAGCACGCACGCGCCACCUUCGGGCGCGUUGACGUCGUGUUCAACAACGCUGGGUUCUACGUCGUGUCCGAGGCGGAGGGCAUCAGCGAUGUGCGCGCCCGGCAGGCGUUUGAGGUGCUCUUCUGGGGCGCCGCGGCGGUGUCGAGGGAGGCGGUGGCGUUCUUUAGGGAUGUGAAUGAUCCGAGGGGGGGAAGGCUCCUCCAGAUGUCGUCGCGCACGGCGCUGGAAGGGCCGGCAUGCUCUGUCCACUACGCAGCUGCCAAGGCAGCUUUGGAGUGUUUGUCCGAAGGAUAUGCCGCUGAGCUCGACCCUAAGUGGAAUAUCAAGAUAACUAUCGUCGAGCCCGGGCUGUUUCGCACGCCCGCCACUUCGAACUGCAUCAUCGAGCCCGUUCACCCAGCUUAUACCGACCCUGCGCUGCCAACGAUGAAGUACAGAAGCUUGUAUCCCGGCGUAGAGCGGAUCUUCACGGGGGAUGCAGAGAAGCUGGCGCAAGCGAUGUUGCGUCUCGUCGAGCUUGACGAUCCGCCGCUGCGCCUCCCGUUGCAUCAGAUCGCGUUGGAUACGCUGAAGAGGAAGGGAGCGAGCUUGAUCAAGGCCGCUGAUGACUGGGAGGGGUGGUCAGACGAUAUUUAUCUCAGCCAGUGA